GCUGGGUCGCCAGGAGGGGCUGGAGCCAAUCCCAGCUACCACUGGAUGGCACUUCUGAUUCUCCUGGUAAUGCUGACAGCAUGUGCUGCAAUGCCUCAAGAUCUCUCUGGCAAAAUGUUCAUCUUUCCACAAGAAACUGACACAGCUAAUGUGAGACUGAGUACAUCCAUGCAGAGCUUCACAGCUGUGACAGCCUGUUUCAGGUCCAUUACAGACCUCAGCAGGAACCACAACCUUUUCUCUCUCUCCACACCCUCUUUCCACAAUGGCUUCCUGGUAUUCAAGGAAGCAGGAAAUAAUGUGAUUGACAUCUAUGUCAGAAACAACAGAGUAACAUUUACAGGCCAGGAUUACAUGCUGAAUACGUGGCAGUCUAUUUGCACCACUUGGGAUUCCGAAUCUGAACUGGUGCAGCUGUGGCUUAACGGAAAGCCCUCAAUAAAGAAAUUCAUUGGUGGAUCGGUCAUCACUGAUCCAAUUGUUAUCGUAGGACAGGAGCAGGAUUCCCAUGGCGGGGGAUUUGACAUAAUCAUGUCUGAUGUCCACAUGUGGAACUACGUCCUUUCCCCUUGUGAGAUCCAGCGUUUCGUAGAAGAUCUGAACUUCACUCCUGGGAAUAUGAUAAACUGGAGGGCGCUGGAGUUCGAGGCCACAGGCAGAGUGCUGGUAGAAAAUAAGAUCACUUGUGAAUAAAGUUACACUAUAAAUAAAUAAAGUCAUUAAGAAGAAGCUUGAAAAUAUCUGCAGCUGGUCUUUGGUUAGGGUAAUGUCUUUAAUCAGUUUCAUUUUCAUGAAAAAAUCAAUCUUAUGCUUAAUCAGAAUAAUCAAUUAAAAAAAAACAUGUUAAUUAAUUUCUUUGUGUGUGUAUUAUGGUUUGGGGUUUCUCUUUAACACCAGCUCCUGUCAUCAAUAAUCUAAAUAGUUUCCUCAGUAUAAAUACUCUUCCCUGUGUUUUCUGCCAGAUUGUCUUGGUGCAGCGAAGCAUUACGAUAUGUGAUCAUGUGUCA